CAAACGAGAUAUCGCCGUGAGUGGACGGCUAUGUAAUUUUUAAUUAAAAUUAUGAAAAUAUAAACGAAACAUCUAUCAAUUUGCAUUUUAAAUUAACAAUCUGGUUGAACACCAUUGAUAUGAUUUGAAAAACAAUUUUUAUCAGUGAAGUGGAGCAAGACAAACGUGCAAAAUGGCUAAGGAAAUGAUGAUAGUGUUUGUGUAUGACACACUAUGCUGUACAUCGGAGGAAGAUGACCCCAUCAUUGCGGUGCUUUACUUCCAUCCAGGAUGGGUGUCCGACACUCAGCGACAUGCCCUCGCUGGACAGGUGGUGGGUGCAGCACACUGCAUCAAGACCCUAUUCUCGCAGCCCGUCGCCAUCACGCUGCAGAGCGGCAAGUUCAUCAUCAGGGAGUACGGAAGAUACAUACUAGCAAUAGGCAGCGACCGAAACAUCCCAGACUGGGUGCUAAAAAACCGCGCCAACCUUCUCACAUCCAUGAUAAAAGUCUACCACGGUGACCUGCAAGUCCUGGCCAGUCAGAUGGAAGACCAGAAGCGAUUGUCGGAGAAACUGUACCAGGUCUUCGAGACUUAUCUACCGGUGCUACAAUACGGCUGUCAUAUAUUUCAAAGGGUGCCUAUGUUGACGCUGCCUAAGAGCGCGACAUCUGUUUACAUGGAGUCAAUGCAAAUACUAGAACAUUGCAGGAAAAGCAAGGGCGUGUUAGGCGGCGUUAUACUUUACAAUAAUAAGAUAAUCUCGACCCAACUGCCUCCAGGCCUCACAUCCUACCUGACAGUAGUAGACCCCUACAGGAUAAAGUCUCCAGCCGAGACCUUGGACACGGAGACACCCUUGCCUCUCGGUGCUCAACUCUUGGUGGUCUACGUCGGCAAGAAGCUGUAUGACAGUUUGAAGAAGCAGGUGGAAAAAAUCCAGGAGUUCCACAGCAAUGGGGAGGAAAUGAUUGCUAGGUUUAAGAAGAAUCAAGAAGCGGAACGUGAAAAACAACGAGAGUUCCCCCAAACUGGGAUGAAGAGAGACAAGUCUCUACUUUUCACCGCCGUCCCUGAAGAAGACCACACUAUGAUAUCUCCCCCAAGCCGGGAGGAACGGAACCCCGACGUUGAGAGGAAACCCCCAACUAUGCCAGAUGUUGUCCCCUUCACAAAUAAACCAAGACAACGACCCACAAAGCUUUCGCUCAGUUUCAAAAACCAAAAAUCUCUAGAUGAAGAACUACAAGAGAAUGACAAAGUCUUUACAGGACAAACUAGUGUUUGUUCCACGCCAAUGGUAGAAUACAAAAGACUGCACGGCAAUAUUCUCUCCAUCUGCCAAAUACCAGAAAGCCAACAGGAUAACGACAAAACAGACUUAGAACCUGAUGUACUAAAAAAUAUAGAAGAUACCAACAGAAUUAAUCUUGAAAACGAGAAACGGGACAACAAAAUGGUUUUGGACAUCAACUGUAUUGCCGACCAUUAUAUCAAUAAGCCUGAACCGAUAAGAAAACUGGCUAGUGUCACAGAUCUACAAGAAACUAUUAAAAAGUUAUCGAACCGCGCGACUUCCAAAUUCAAAUUGAAACGGUCGAAAGUCUCCCUCAAUGAUGAUACUCCGUCCCCCGAACAUACUCCUAAGAACCCUAGCACUAUGACCAUAAACGAUCCUCUUUUCCCAGUGUUCAGAAACGACGGUGUUGCCAUAUCAGAGUCCCUUUUCAACCAGUACUUAGAACAGCACUAUUCGAAAAUGAAACAGGAUUCCAACGACAAUAUGUUUACUUUCAACAUGAAGUUAUGUGAACAGGAAAAGUUUGAGGAUUUCGAUUCGGAACUCAACAGAUCUCCUCAGAGGACUCCUAAGCAUAUAGCAAAAGAUUCAUCAAAGACAUUGCCAACGGAUCAGUCUAGGAGGAAAUCUUUAUCUUUACCUUUGAAGUCCCUGAACGAGAGUACUGAUUCCCAGAUUAGUUCUGAGACUGAAGCCACGAAUUUUAAAAAGAAGUUGACUGGAGUACAACUGACGCCAUUGAUGGAGAAACUAAGUCAUUUAGCGUUUUCUGACAAGUCUAGUGGGUAUAGCAGUCGGGUGAUGACGCCGUUGGAACUGCGGGAGUUUUUGACACCAGCUGCAGAGAGGCAAAUCACUUUUACUGACAGACCAAAAGCGCAACGCCAAGACUCAGAAAGCGACGACGAUUCGGACGCAGAUCUAGAGAUACUACCGGAGUACAGCAAGCAUGCCGUCAAGUGUGCGCUGUUCGUUAGCGGACUGCAUAACAUGGCGCUGUUGGCGUUGAUUGAUACUGAGGCCGCUAAUAAUGUUGAUACUAUCAAUACUUUGUGGGAAACCUCCCUAAACGCGCUGGGCCCCAUAGAACAGAAGUGUAUGGAGCCGCUAGCAGCUGUAGGCGACGCGACAGACUACAGCUACCUGACGCUGGACCCCGACUGGGGCACGGUGCGCAAGGGCGGGCCCUGGGCCGCGCUCGACAUCGCCACCAUGGGCCUCAUACACAACGAGUUCGCUGAUGAUCCUGAGAUGUCUGAGUUUAUAUUGAGGAGUGACGAGAGCGUAGUAGUAGGCUCAGCAUGCGGCGGAGCUCAGGUAUACUACCAGGAGCGCGGGUCCCGCGUGGCGGGCCCGCCGCUGCCCUCCGACGCGCUCGCCGCCGCACCGCUGCGGGCGCGGCGCCGGCUGCACCGCGACCAUGCCACGCUGCUACUAUAAGGACUAACGAAGCUUGGACUACCUAACACAGGUAGGUAUCACCGUAAACACGGCUAGAGAAGAUUUUGGAAAACCAUAAAAAUCAGUAUGGUUGGAUAGGACUGUUUUUUUUUAUGGUGGGAAAACAUCAAAUGACCACCCUCUGAGGGGAAGUCACACAAGACUAUUACUGACUGAAACCCACUGUUUCUUCUGGAGCCCUUUGUGUACCAGUGCCAGAGUAACUUUAAACAAUCCCUCAGAAAGAAAGGACACUUCCCAUCUAUCUUCCUAGGGAAUUCACGAGAUUGUUAUGACUAACACUGAAAAGUUGUAAGGGGUAAAUUAAGUCGAUGGAUACAUAAGUGUUGUAAACAGGCAUAGUGAAGAAUUUGUAUGAGUUUUAUAGAAUUGAAGUUGUGUACAGAUAAUACUCAAUGAAAACUGAAAGACAAUUUUAGUACAUUCCAGUAAUUGAGAACGUGUUUGUGUAGGAAAGUCAGGAACAUUGUAUGAUAACCAGAGGAAGAAACUAAACACGAUACUUAAAGAUAAAUUAACUACUAUCUGUUAUUUAACGAUAAUUUAAUCUAUUUGUAGCCAUUUAGAGUU